GGCUCGCUGGACGCCGGUCCGGAGAGCCCCGAGCGGCUCCGGCGGGAGAUCGAGCAGUUCCAGGAGCUUUGCAGUGUUCUGGAGCAAGACCAUGCCAAGCUACGAAUGGCCAAGGAAGCUGCAGAGGAAAGGACACGAGAGCUGAGGAAAGAGGGAGAACUCCUUCAUAAGAAUCUUGAGCAACAAAUGUUUUUAAAGAGAGAUGAAGUGGCAGCCCACCAGAUUGAGGUUUUUGCAGCACAGGAGGAGAACAAGAGACUGAGUCAGGAGAAGCAGGUCCUGAAAAAUAAACUGGAAGAACUGAAAAAGAGGGUCCCCAGGGAAGAUCCUGUGAGGAUGCUGUCUGCCUUACCAGAAAAGAAAAUGGUAUUUAAGGGGCUCAUAGCAAACAAGGAGGAUGUGAACAAGCUGAUGCUCACCCCACUGAUCCGCUACCCGCUGCAGGGGGGCUCGGCUCUCAUCACCUUUGAGAAAGCAGAGGUGGCACAGAGGAUCGUAGAGGUGAAGGAGCACGUGGUGGAGCUGAGCUGUGGGGUGGAACUGGAGGAGCUUGACCAGUGCAGAAUGCGAGUGCAGGCAGCACCGGUGGAGAUACCACUGCCAUCUGCCCUGGAGAUCAAGCUGGUUCAGAGCAGCAGGAGCAUCCUUCUGUCUGACCUGCCUGCCCUGGGCAUCCCUGAGGAGGCAAUGCUGGACAAGCUGGAGCUCUUCUUCAGCAAGACGAAGAAUGGGGGCAGCGAGGUGGAGAACAGGGAGUUCCUGGACAACACUGGCCAAGUGGUGCUGACCUUCACAAAGGAUGGAGUGGCAGAGCACCUAAUUGAGAGAGGGCACAUCCAGGUGCCUAUUGGCAGAGGAAAAUACAAAGUCAAAAUAUCACCGAGCAUGAGUGGAGCCGUCACUAACCUGCAGCUCCAGCCCUCCCGCUGCCCCAGGACUGUCCUGCUCUCGGGUAUCCCCGACGUGCUUGGUGAGGAGUCCAUGAGAGACACCCUGGAGAUUCACUUCCAGAAGGCCAGCCGCGGCGGCGGGGAGGUGGAUGCUCUCGCCUACGUCCCAGCGGGGCAGACCGGGGUGGCCGUGUUC